AUGUUUAAGAACGAAUAUCAGGGUGGAGCUGCUGUAGAGAUCUUCAGUGCACAAGGGAAAGAUCCUGUUGCAAAAUGGAAACUUUGUGGAGGAAAAUCAGCUAUAAAUAAAGAGUUUGACAAAGAGGUCAAGAGCUUUGUGUACAGUCUGGAGGGGAGCAGCCAUGCUAUUAAAAUGCAGAUGCCAAAGGAUGGAAAAAUGUCUCUUGGACUGGUACAGAGAUUCUUGGUCCUCCAGGUGAAUGUUUCCCAAUGUAAAGACUUCUCUACAGAGCUUGUGAUAACUGAUUUAGGUCAUCUGAAAAGGAGGCUGUACCUAUCCACGGUUCAUAAAGAGUUCUCUGCUACACCCUUGCAUGCAAGGAUACCUUUCGGUCUGAAACGCAACGUUUGGUGCAACAUGUGCAUCGACCUUGUGUCAUUCACCAGUGAGCUGUUUAAAGGUGCAGGGUUCUUAUCCCUGGAUGGAAUCACUGUCUCUGCCAGCUGUAAGUUACGGAGAAUCUUCACCAUGAAGACUGAGCCUGCAGGGGCUUCUGAUGGAGACCUAUAUAUUGGUGUAAAUGGUCCCAUGGACUCGAUCCCUCGGAGCUGCCAGUUUCCCCCUGACGUCCACCAGGUGAUCCAGGUAAAGAACAUGGAGAGGCUGAGACUGGCAGACCUGAAGACUUGCCCUCACAACUCUGAGUCUGAUCAGUCAGGCAGUGGCAGGGUAGCCAGUGCUGCUCGAGGCCCCAAGAUCCAGCCGGACGCCUCCCACAUCGCAUUUGGGUCGAGGGUUUUAGGACCCCCUCCACUGACCGGAAGGAAGAAUAGUGGACUCUCAGAGGGACAGGGACAGGACGGGAGGACACAGGACGGGAGGACACACCGGAGCAUGAAUAUGGGGUCUGUAUCUGGUGCAAGAACAAAUAGAACAGCUGCUUCAGAGAGACAUCAGGAUCAUGGAGACUGGAGCGAGAAACAACCUGGUCCCAGUAGCCAGAAGAAUGACUCUGUUUAUGAGCUGGCAGGGAAGCCAGGGAGCCUGCAGCCGCGACCACCUAAAGACAGAGCGUCCUCAGACAAGGCGGGGUCCAGGAAGCUACGGGUACACAGUGCAGGGAAGGAGAAAUUGGCUCCUGGCUCAGGUGAGCUGUACACUGGACUUAGCCACCAUGGAGACAGGAACCAACAACUUUUGACCCCCAGUGACAUGAGUGGAGACCAAACAGAAGAGCUUCUGUCUGACCAGUCGACCCCUGUCCCUGACCUCCCCCCAUCACCAUUACCCCUGCAGGACUCGGACAGUGAUGACAGUGAAGGGGAGAGUGAUGUGGAUGAAGUCUCUGAGCCUCAGUUCUCAGUGGAAAACGUGUUCACCUUCUCUUCUUGGCCCCACUCAGCCAAGCGAGGACAGGGACAAGGAUAUGGAGACCAGGGACAGGGCCAGGGACAUGGAGAGACCUGCUGGACUGAGGACGCAGCUCAGGCCACUGACACCUACAGCCAGCAGGACACGGGAGGGCACAGGGGGGCCAGGCCAGACGACGACUUCCUCGCCAGCGAGAGUGAGGAGGAAGAGACCUCCUCCAGGUUCCUCUAUCAGAUGUCCAGUGUCCCCCCCAGCCCUGGUACUCCUGGUGUUCCCCCCAGCUCCACCCCUGGUAUCCCCGGAUCAUCAGGCCUAGAUGAGGACACUCCGCCCAGAGCACGGCCUGGGUCCAGUGGGUCCAGUGUUGCAGACCGAACAUUUACCAUAGAGCGAACCCUAACCCACACAGACCCUGCAGGGUGUAAAAACAGGCUGGCUCCCCACACUGACUCCCAAGCAUACAGGAGAACAUUAGAGAUGCCUGGGAUGGUCCCAACCCGCUGCCGGUCACCCUGUCAGGGUACCAGGCAGGGGCAGAGACACAGCAGUCUGGGCCAGUCUGGACCUGGGGGAAGAGAAGGGGGGGCGAGCCAGACUCAGGACAGGAGCAGCAGCAGGACAUCACUGAGCAGAAGAUCUCUGCGAGAGAUCAUCCCCCGAGGAGACGCCACAUUAGACAAGGUGGGAGAGGAGAGGGCGGAGAGAAGGCAUGAGCCUGUUGGGUCCAGUAGCUGUGAUUUGCGUCUGUUGGACAGCCUGCGUAUGCAGGAGGAGGAGGAGCUACAUAUGCUGGCCAGUCUACGGCGGGAGCAGGAGGAAGAAGAGGAGGGGGGAGGAGCAACAGGUCUCAGUGCCUCUCAGAUCCACCAAUGUAACGUCAGCAUCAGCACCAGCAGUGAUGAGCCAUCCACCUGGACACACAUACCUAUGCCGGCCAAACAGGGCCAUCACUAUCAGAAGGAAAUGAACCCACUCUUACACUCCAAUCCAAGGGAAUGGAUGGAUGUCCUCAGCCCUCCCAUUAUUCCUCCUAGCCAGAAAAAAGGGAAGGGGUCAGAGGGCACAAGGGACCAUCGGAGUGGACCCCCGACCAGAGGGGCUGAUGGAUCAGUGAAUGGGGAAAAUGAGGAUGAGGAGGAGUACCUGAAUCUGCUCUAUGAUCCCUCUCUUAACUGCUACUUUGAUCCCCAGUCUGGGAAAUACUAUGAGCUGGUUUAAUUCAUCAAACUUUUUGAUGAGCAAAAUGCAGGAAAAGAACAGAACAGGCAUGUUCACUGCUGGAAAAAUAGAUUUUUUUUUUUUGACUUAAUUACGCUUUUCUGAACUAUUAACGAGCCUUAGAAAAUAUUUAUACCAUUCUGUUAUCCUCAGUUGUAUUUAAUAUGGAAUGGUGAGGAUGCUCUUGUAAUUAAUUGUUUAUACAGUGACUUUUUUAAGUGUUCUGUACUGUAUAGUGUGUAUGCAGUAGUGUGUGUGUCAUGUGUGUCCUCUACACAUAUUUGUGAUUAAACGUGUUU